GCUGCUGAGGUGGUGCUGUCAGAUUAGUAAACGGAGCAGGAGGCAAAUGGCUAAAGUGGAGCUGACGCCGCUCAGACCAUGGGACGACUUUUACCCCGGCUCGGAGAGAUUCGCUAAACCAGACUUUAAAGAUUUGGCCAAAUGGAACAACAGAGUUGUCAGCAACUUGCUUUACUAUCAAACCAAUUAUUUAGCUUUGGCCAUCGCCGUUUUCCUGGUUGUCGGGUUCCUGAACCCUCUGGGGAUGUUCACCGCCAUGGCCGUAGUGUCGGCCGUCUUCCUGGGUUCAGUGUGGGCCGGAGAGAACAGAGCUGUGAUCAACAACUUUAAGAGGCAGAAUCCCACGGCGUUUGUGAUGGCGGUCAUGGUGGCCAGCUACUUGUUAAUUUCGAUGCUGGGGAGCGUCAUGGUGUUUAUGUCUGCAAUCACUUUACCUCUGGCUUUGAUAUUUGCACAUGCCUCCUUUCGCCUGCGCAACAUGAAGAACAAACUGGAGAACAAGAUAGAAGGAGCUGGACUCAAGAGGUCACCCAUGGGCAUUUUACUGGAGGCUCUGGGUCAGCAGGAGGAGAACUUUCAAAAGAUCCAGACAUUUCUGGAGGGAAAACUGAAAGAGUGAUUGGACUUCAUGCACACGUGUUCUUCUGACUUCUUUUAUUCUUGGGUUAUUUGUGCACGUCUAAACCUCUUAAAGUUUGUCUCGUACACAAUGCAUUCGACCGUGUGUGUGUUUUGGAAAGGCAGCUUGUCAUCUGAAGGGCUUUUAUUAAUACCUCAGGGUAUCUGUCACUCCACCCAGAACUUGUCAGGGCACUUUUCUUAAAGAGCGAUGAGAGCUCCUCACAUCUCUGCUAUGCAAUGUGUCAGUGUUGCUGUGCAGCACAGCUGCAGACAGUAUGAAAUCUGUGUUUAAUGAAUCUCAGAAACAGCCGUCGCUCCUGCAAGUUUACGUUCAGAUCAAAUUGUGAAAACAAAUGCAAGUGUUGAUUUAUAACAAAGAAGAAAAAAUACUCACCAAA